CUAAUUAAUAAAAACAACCUUACAUUGCUUUCAAUCGGUCUCUGUGUAUGGCUUCCAUCUAAGUGAGCUUUUUCAAGCAACGCCAUUCUCCACUCAUCAUGCUCCAACAGUUUUGCUUAGUGGCGCCUCAUGCCCGAAAAUAUAUACAUCUUAGAGCCCGUCUUGAACGGGUAUUUUUUAAAAAUGUAUCGAUCGGAGACCUCGUCUAUCUCGUUGCCGUGCCGCUCAAGUCACACCAGCGUAGAUUCACCUCUCCGGUUUACACCUCCCAACAUAUCAAUAUGAACAAUUCUCUUGAAGGGAUAUUUGGGCUGCCUUGUGAAAUCCAACUCAAAAUAUUUGCCGAACUUGAUGAUGAUAGAGAUUGUAUUGCAUUUGGCCUUACCUGCGCAUAUUUCUGGGGUCUCGCACUUCCGGUCCUCCAUGAUAAAUGGGCGGCAAAUUUGGGUUCUUGGGCAGGAGAGAAAAUUGUCUGCGUUGGAGAUUGGGUCAAGGCUGAAGAUUACCCCCCUGGACUUUUCUCAGAUGCUGAGAUUCUCUUCUUCGAUCAGCCUGAAAUAAGAAGUGCCCUUGGUAUUUAUUCUUUGUCAGCCAGCGAACCUAACCCUGUAACAUUAUACGGCUUCAGCUCUCGUGUCAUGGGCUGCAAGCAAGUCCUUGGUACUAUAUGGAAGAACGCAAGAAGAGAAAUACUUCUCAUGAGAUGCUCCAUGGGUUUGGCCAAACACAGCUUAGGGUUUAACACUGCGAAAAAACAUGAUUUCAACACAGCGACAAAACAUGAUUUGAAGAACUUCGAAGAGCAUUGUUUCUAUCCACGGGAUCAACCGUGGAUCCUCCGUAACUUAACGACCAAGGAGUUUAUUCGGUCCGAGGCUGUCGCUCUGAAGCUAGAGUUCAUACAGGGGCCAAGAAUCAAAGGUAUAGGCUUCGCACAUGUUAUCUUGUCUCGCAUCUGCUGGUCAUCGGUGUCAAAUGACGAUAUAGGAGACCCAACGAAAUUCACAAGAGGGGUUUGGGCAGGACAUCGUUUUGAUAUCACGCAGCUCUCAAGACAUAUCGAGACGACUCGGGGAGAAACGUGGAUCGAUAUAAGCAGCGAAGUCAUGGAUGAUAUGUCUCGCAUCUGGGAGCGCAAGUAUGGACCUGAUUGGCGAGAGCGCAUUAUCGAGAGCGUGUUAUUGAGAGAGCGUUAUCGAGCGCGUAGACCGGCAAACGAUUAUUUGGGACCUAUGAUCAGAAAUCUUUCAGUUGCGAGUUGCUAGGCUCCUAUAGAUUGUGUUGGAUUCCUUAGCAAAAUCAUCUUUUGCUGUAUCGGUUUCAUAUAGAUCAGGGACCUAAAUUCAAUGAGCGACUCCCUCCCUACAAAUAUCUAUUUCCCAGGCUUGAGGAGGAUUUCAGGAAGGCCAAAAUGAACGCAAGUAGGAUUAAACGCUCAGUAAAUCACCACGAUAGAAUGUGGCCAUGUUUUUACCACGCACAACCUCAACCAUUAAGUCAUCAGAUCGACAGCUCCAUCAGCAAACUGUGCGAUGGGCUUAACUUGGACGAAUGUAGCCCCUAUAUUCUUCGCUUCCCGCUCUUGAAAAAAAGGCAGGGUUAAAAAGAACCUGAGAACCGUGUUUAUAUAGCAACAUUAGUAUUGCUGGUAGUAAGUGUGACAUUGCAUGGCAAUGGCGGAAUACUGGUGACUCAUGUCUCUUCCAUACUUCGUUCCAUGUCU